CCUAAGGCUACCGUGAAUCGAAUCGACGAGCAGAGACAACAGCAUCAUGUCCCGAUACCACCAGCAUUGAGUACCGCAUAUAUAUAUUGGCCUGACAAUUUUCACAAAUUAAGAUUCUUCACUGCAUCACCAUGUGCUCCCCCGACCUGUUCCUCGGGCUCCUUGCUGUCUUGUUCCCCCCAGUUGCAGUAUGGAUUAAAGUCGGAAUAUGCUCCGCCGAUUCUAUCAUCAAUAUCGCUCUGUGCUGCCUAGGAUACGUGCCAGGUCUCCUGCAUGCAUGGUACAUAAUUCUCAAAUAUCCAGAGCCCUAUGACGAGUAUCCAGACGGCUAUCAGCCCAUCGUUGGAUCUGGCACGCAUCACGACCCUGAGAAUGGGAGCGUUACAUAUUACUAUGUCGCCCAUCACCACCGAGACAACAACCGUUCCCCUCACAACCACAUCUCACCCCAACGGUCUUACGGAGCAACUCAACAGAACGCGCCCGGAGUACCACCUCCAUCUACCAAACCAGCGCCACCAGUGCCUCCACAACAUCCUUCUCAGCAAAAUGAACCUGCCCGCGGAGAAAGCUCUGGGCAAGGCAGCAGUUCCAGACCACACGAUGGAUCAAGGCCCCCUCCAACCUAUGCUGAAGCCGUGAAGGGGGAUUACAAGAUCCAAUCUUGAGCUGCUUUUUUUUAUCGUCUUUGAUACUGUUCAGACAGCGAAACUGAAUGGUGCUCAUGGAUUGCAUCGAUAUCCAUAAAGCGGUUUGUGGCGUUUCCCGGCCCACUCUGAUGGUGCUAAGCAGUCAUAAUCAUCCUGCACGAUCUAGCUUUCAGUGUUUCUCUCUUGCCUUAGUAAAGCUAUAGUUAGCGAUUCUGUCAUGGUGUUUAUCUUGGCGCAAUCCCUGGCUUUAUUCUUCUGCCUUGUGUUAGGCCUCAAGACUGUGUAAUAAUUACUGUUAUUUCCGCUGUUCUUAUGGUGGGGUUUGGCUGGUUAUUCCUUGGAAUUAAAGUGAUACUGCGAGCG